AUGCUCAGUUCAUCAGAUCCACAAAGAUACACAUUUCCUAUUAUAACAUCACAAAUCGAUGCCAUUGUUUCUAUGGACAAGCCAAAUGAUGUCGAUAUAUCUGUGAUUGAUUCAAAAGAGCAAUUCUUUCAAAGUUUUAUACAACAAGUUAAUAGAUGGCUUGAAUGGUCAAACCAACGUAAAUCUUACCUUGAAGAACUAAAACGAUUGCAUACCAAUAAUAAAUUCACAGCCUAUGCUAAUACUGAAGAUGAACAAUGGCACCCAAUUGGAGCCCGUCGAUUUGUUUACUGGUCAGUUGCUAGUGAAAAACUUGAAUGUAACAUCAAAAUAGAAUAUCGAAUUAGUAUACCUCGUAUUAAAACUUAUGAAUUAUUUUCUGAUCGAAACGUUCCUCUUGAUAAACAAGUUUUACAAGGUGAAUUUAAAACACAGCAAAACGGCCAUUUAAUCAUCACUAUUGACAAUAAAAUCGGACAAGCUCCACGAACAAUUUGGUAUCAAUAUAAAACAACUCCUCUUGCAACAUACCAUCUAUUUGAUGGCAUCUUCUCGAUGCUUUAUCAAAAGUAUUUUGGACAAUCAAGUGAAAACAUAAAGGAAAAUGAUUUAAUAGAUUUGAUCGAUAAAUCCUUCUUUUUUAUUGAUCGACUUCUAGAUGGUAGUAUUACUUUACAAGAAAUGGAACAUCUGAAAAACGUUUUUCACAAUAAAAAUAUCGAUGUUAAAGAAGAAGUCAAGGCAUUAUUUGCUAAUCGUUCCAAUACAGAUCAGAAGCAAGAAAAAACAGGAACCAUACCACUUAGACAAAUUGAACAAGUUUGUGAAUGGUUACAAACUUAUCAAUACUAUAGUCAUCUUAAUACGAUAAUCGAAUGUGUACAAAAGUUAAAUAUUAUUUCAAAUUCAAAUAGUAAUAAAAAUUAUGAAUCGAUAGAUCAUUUGCAAAAACUGAUUAUCAACGAAAAUGUUUCUCUUAAAGAGAUCUCAGAAAUUUGCAAAAAUAUUUAUGAAUGUUUUCAAAAAUUAACAAAUCAUCAUUUACAAUUGAUUAAAACAAUUUUAGAAUGUUCUAAUGUCGUUCAAAUGAUGAAAAACUUUGAUUUAUAUUCUACUCAAGGAUUACGUCGAUUUCAACAAUUACGAGAUAAUUUAACAACGCAAUUUCAAUUACAAGAACGCAAUAAUAUGAUUCUUAAUUCGUGGAUUGUUAGUUAUGCUCUAUGUGAACCAUUUAUUCGUCAAGUAGAAAAUUUAGAAGAAUUUGUAGAUAAUCUAGCAAAAUUAUCAAAUAUUGAUGAAAAUACAUUGGAACAUAUAAAAGUUGUCAAUGAUAAUAUACAAAUUAUACAUAUGUGGUUAUCAGCAGAAGAAACAACGAUUUUCGACAAUGCUCUUAUCACGAUGGAGCAUUUAUACAAGACAGGCACAGUACAAAUACAUUUAAGAAAUCUCAUUAAUAAACAAUCUUACUUUGAAAUUGUAUAUUCGAUUGCUAAAGUAUCAAUACAAAUCAAUGAAUCCGAUUCUGAUGAAAAUAACAGAGAAAUACAACAACAAGAUACAAUGACAUUCACAUUAUCCAUGGCUGAUAUUGACGAUCAUAAGCGUCAAUUAACAUUUUGUAAUGUUGAUUUGAAGCAAGAUAUGAAUGAGAAAAAGAUAUUAUUAGAAGAGCAAUUAAAAUUAUUGAAUAUUAUUGAAAAAAUUUAUUUUAUUCUUAUCAAACUUGAAAAAUCUGGUCAUCCAAACUUUCAAUUAAAAGAAUAUAAUUAUGAAAUCUAUGAUCGAACAGGUAGAGUUAACAAAAUAUUAUCUAAUUUGAGAAACAAUGUAGUAGACGGUGAACAAGAACUUAAACAAGAGAUUGAAGAUCGAACAAAGUAUUUUCAAGCAAAAUUUACUAAAUUCGAAGUUGAUUAUGAGAUAUGGACAAAAGAUUUAGAAGAAUCUCGAUGUAGAAGUCCAUUAUUAAAAUUAUUUUCAAAUCAUCAAAUUAUGAUUAUGUUUAUUUUAUUGACAACAUCAACAAUAGAAAAUGAAGUUCAACGAAAAUUUCUAGAAAAAUUAUUUUUAUUAGAAAAUCUUAAAAAUCAUAUUGAAAAACAAUAUAACAUAACGAUUCUCUGUUUAAUUCAUUAUUUACAAUCAUUGAGAAUUAAAAAUUCUAACUUAUCUAAAGAAAAUAUAAUUAAAUUAUAUGAUAAAUAUAAAAUAGAAUAUCAUCAUUCAAAAAAUGAAGAUCUACAAUUACAAAAUUUACAAAAAUUAUGUUCUUUCUUAGAAGAUUUAUUCAAUAAAGGAAAAGAAUUAUUUGAAAAAAAUGAAAAUAUUAAUGAAAAUCAACAAUUUUUAAUCACGUUAAAUUCUCGAGAACAAAUACAAGAUAAAAAAAUUGAAAUUGAAAAUGAUUUUGACCUAGAUACAUGUUGUAUUCUUUUAAAUAUUUUUAAUAAUCGAUUACCAGCUGAUUAUCAAAUACUAUGGUGUUCAAUUUCAACAGAAGACGAUAUUCGAUUAUUUUUUUCACGUGUACGAACUUUUUCAUACUUAACAUUCGUUGUCAUGGAUAUUGAUAAAAUGCAUCAUCGACUUCGAGAAUUAUUAUUGAAUGAACAACAUUCAUUAGCAAAACAAUCUGAACGACAUGGAACAAUUUAUUAUUUUUCAAAAGAAUUAAUAUCAUCUAGAAAAGGUUUAAGACCAUUUUAUAUAAAACCACAUGAUCGAAAUCCAUUACAAACUUUUUCAGAAUUUAAGAAAUUAUUUAAAGAAUAUAAUUAUCCAUUACCAAAUAUUCAAAUAAUAUAUGGAACAGCUGGCAUUGGAAAAACUCAUCGAAUUAAAACAAAAUAUAAAGAUGAUAAUACAUCAUGUGUAAGUAUCAAUGAUAAAUUAAAUUUAUCAUCAUUAAUCAGUCGAUUUCUUUCAUUGGAAUCGAAAAUAUCAAAUAAUCAACAAUCAAUCUAUUUUAAUAUUUCUAUUCAUGCAGAUUUUAAACAAUUAAAUCAUGCAUUUUUUUCUUUAUUUAUAUGCGGAUCAUUAAAUGAUCAUAGAAGUGGUCUUAUAUUUUCACCAUCAAUAACAAAACCAUGGAAAUUUAUUAUUGAAGUUCCUUAUAAUAAUAAAUAUAAUAUAACAAUUAAAAAGAAUUUUAAUCAAAUAUUACCAAUACUUUCGAUUAUAUCAUCAAAUACUUUAGAAGAAGUUACAGAUCAAAAUUAUCAAUUAUUUAUUGGUACAGAAGAAAAACUUAUUGCAACAUUUCUUAAAGCUUAUGAAAAUCAAACAAUUGAUCGUUUUUUAGUAGAAUAUUCUGAUAGUUAUGAAGAACCUGUAGAUUUCGAUUUACUUAUAGAUCCUGAUGAAUGUCGAAAAUAUAUUUAUAAUUGUAUUGAAGAAUAUGCACCAGAAUUACCAAGAAAUAAAAUUUUUGAACUUUCAUUCAUUAAAUUUUUAUAUCGUCGUUUUAGAUUUUUUACUGGAUUUUAUUAUCGUUAUAAUGCAACUAUUGUUAAUCUCGGUUCAAUCACUAUGAAACAAAUGAUAUAUGAAGCAAAACAUCUUACACAAAUAGAUUUUUCUUCAAAUAAUUAUCCUCAUAUUUAUCUUGUCUAUGAUCCAGCUUUUUCAUUACAUUUAUUACAUAAUGAUUGGAAUACAGUUCCAUUAAAAUUAAAAUUUCUUUUUAAUAAUAUUGAUCCAGUAAUAAGAAAUGAUUAUAGAAAUAAAAAUUAUUUAAUUAUAUGUUUAUCAUGGUUAAUCGAUAUUUCUUAUGAUAUAUUCGAAAAAAUAAUGAUUGAUACAAAUUUUAUUUUAACAGAAAAUUUUACUUAUAAACUUUUUCAUAUUCAUGAAAGAAAAUUAACCAAAUUAGCAUUAAUUAUUGAAGGUGAAACAGGUGUUGGAAAAACAUUUCUUUUAAAUUUUUAUUCUUUACUACUUAAUGCAAAUAUAACUUAUGGUAAAAUUGAAAAUACAAUUGCACCAAGAAUUUUUGAACGUACAAGUUUAUGGUUACGAAAUGAUAUUAUAGAUAAAAUUUUAAAAAAUGAACCAAAUCUAUUAAAACUAUUCCUUCAACGAAUAGAAUCAAAACUAAAUGAGUUUAAGAAUAUAAGCAACGAUGAAAAUGACGAACAUGAUGAUGAUUAUGUCAAUCAUCAAUUAUGCUGCGAAAUAAAAAAAUCUUUACAAAAUUUCGAAUAUAAUCAUGAAAUUUUACGAUGUCUAUGGAAAACACUUAUUACUGUUGCAAAUGAAAAUACAAAUGAUGUUCUAAAAAAACUUUAUAUUGAAUUACAUAACUUUAUAAUGUCAAGUUUAAUAAAGUUUCCAUUGGUAGAAAUUAGUUUUCAAUUAAAAAAGUUAUUAGAAUUAUCACAUCUACCAACAGUUGAAACAUCGAUCGAAAUUUUCCAUGAAUUUAUAAGUCAUACUCGUAAUAAACCAUUAUUUUAUCGUCUUCUUUUACAUCCUGAUGUAUCUGAAGAACAAAUCGAACAUUUUAUGUUUCCUAUUUGUCAAUUAGCUAAACAAAUACCUGAUAUUGAAUUAGUUGUUUUUUUCGAUGAAGUUAAUACAUCUUCUUGUCUUGGUCUAUUUAAAGAAAUGUUUAUGGAUAGAACAUUACAUGGAAUUAAUUUACCAGAAAAUAUUUUUUUUACUGCAGCUAUUAAUCCAUCAAUAAAUUAUCAUAAUAAUUUUCAAGUUCAUCGUCAUGAUUAUAUCGUACAUGAAUUACCACAAUCUUUAGAUAAUCUUAAAGUUUCAUAUGGAAUAUUAGAUUCAAAUACAUUAGAAGAUUAUAUUAAACAAAAAAUAGCAAAAUUUACUAUUACGACUUCAAUAAGAGAUGAUCAAAGAAAAAUACCAUUAAUACAAUAUACACAACAAAUACUUACUCAAUCUAUUCUUAAAGCACAAAGAUUUUGUGAAACAUAUCUUGGACGAAAUUCUGUAUCACAAAGAGAAAUUCAAAGAUGUUUUAAUCUUAUCGAUUUCUUUUCGACUAUGAAAUAUGAUGACAAUAAUGAUGAGUCAGAUCCUAUACGAUGCAUUGCUUUAUCAUUAGCAUUAAUUUAUUAUUUUCGACUUCCAACCAAUGAAGAUAAUGCACAACGGAAUGAUCAUAGUACACCAUCACGUGAAAAACUCGAUGAAAUUCUUUCUCAGAAUAUACCAAAUUUUGCUGAAAUUAUUCAAAAUGAACUUGAAAGAUUUGUUAAUACUGAUCAUUUUGUAAUUCCCCAUGGAGUAGCUGUUAAUCAAGCUAUUCGUGAACAUAUUUUUUCAAUUGUUGUCAGUAUUAUCACUCAAACACCAUUAUGUAUAAUUGGUGCACCAGGUCAAUCUAAAACACUUUCAUUUCAAAUUGUUUUACAAAAUCUUCAAGGUUCUCAAUUAUCAACAAAAGAAUUUUGUAAACGUUUACCAGCAAUUGAUCCAUUUUUUUGUCUUGGUUCAAAAUAUAGUCGAUCUGAAGAUAUUGCAUCUGUAUUUGAACGAGCUAUCAAACGUGAACAACAAUACAAACAAAAUCGAAUAGAUACACGAUGUGUUGUUUUCUUGGAUGAAGCGUCAUUACCUGAUGAGAAAAAGAUGGUAUUAAAAGUAUUACAUCCUUAUUUAGAUGAAUGUAAAGUAGCUUUUGUAGCUAUAGCUAAUAAAUCAUUUGAUGCUGCUAAUGCUAAUCGAAUGAUUUGUAUUUAUCGAUCAUUACCAUCAGAAGAUGAUCAAAAAAUAUUAGCAUAUGGUUGUCUUGGUUUACAAACUGAAUAUGAACAAAAAACAAUAAAUAAAAAUCUCGAUAAAAUUGUAUAUGGUCUUUGUAAAGGUUAUCGUCGAAUACUUUUAAAUAAAAAUAUUUCUCAAAUAUUUCAUGAUCGAGAUUUUAUUUAUAUGUUAAGAGAAUUACGUUUUGAAUUACCAACAAUAAAAGAUAAUGAAGAAACAACAAGUAUUAGUAUUAUAAAACCGAUUAGUUUAAUACGUGCUCUUGAAGAUAAUUUUAAUGGAAUAAAACAAAAUGAAUUUCAAGAAUUAGUCGAAAUUUUUUUAAAAGCUAUUCAAGAAGAAUCUCCUAAUUUUCAUUUAUCAAUUGAAAUACAACAACAGAAUAUUUAUCGUGAUAUUCCAACUAUUCUUCAAAAUUCUAUGAAACUUGAUUCAAAACGUCGACGUCUUUAUGGUCGUUAUAAAUUAAUUAUUGAUGAAUCUGAAGAUGAAAGUGCUAUCAAUCUUUUAUAUCAAAUAGGUAUUCUCGAUUGUGAUCCUAUACGAACAUAUAUAUUUCGAAUGUCAGAUUUUUCUGAUGAUAUUAAUAAUGAAUUACGAAAUGUUGAAAUAUUAUCAAAAAUAAAAUUAUGUAUGGAAACUGGAAAAACAAUUAUAAUGGCAAAUACAGCUCGAAUUCAUGGUUCACUCUAUGAUGUUUUUAAUCAAAAUUUUUCAAUAAUGGCAACAGGUGAUAUGAGAAAAAUCUUUUCAAAAGUUGCUAUUGGUCCAAAAACAAUUGAUGUUUCUGUUCAUGAAAAUUUUCAAUGUAUUGUUCAUAUUAAACGAAGUGAAUUUAAAGAUAUUCCACCACCUUUUCUUAGUCGUUUUCAAAAAUAUUCACUAAGUAUCAAUGAUUUCUAUCGUAUUUCCUUACAAAAACUUCCUGGUGAGAAACAGGCUAUUCUACGAAAUAUUGAAAACAAAGUUUUAUCAUUUAUUGAACAUUUUGGACGACAAUAUUUUUAUGGUAUGAAUGAAAAUACUCUUUAUUCAUGUCUUUUAUCAUUAAUCAAAAUAAAUGAAAAUGAAGAACAUUUAUUAUUAAAUGUACAUCAAUAUUAUACACAAUUGACUAUUAAACUAAAAUCAUUUAUUGAAGAAAAUCCUAGUAAUACUGAACAAUGUCUCAUUCGAUUAAUACUAUCGAAAUUGAUUCAACUUGUUUCACCUGAAUCAAUUAUAUUGAAAUUAUCAUCAUUUGAAGAAAAAGUUCAACAAUGGUUAUGUUAUUUAUAUUUUCAACAACAAGAACAUUUUAAUUUAAGAAAUUUCAUUCAACAAUUAGUUUCAAAACCAUAUCUUAAUAUUAAUAACGAUCAAAUCUUAUCAUCAGAAAAUAUUGAACAUCAAAUAAUACAGAAUACAAUACAUAUAACAACUAAAGUAAUCAUAUAUACACGAACAUCAUCCUAUGUAUUGGGUCUAAAUCAACAAUCAAAAAAUGAAUUAUUUACUACUAAUGAUGAUGAUGAUCAUGAUCAUGAAGUUUCAAAUUGUAGUAAACAAAUAGAAAUUAUAAAUUUGGGUACAAUUGAAAAUUCUAGUGAAUUAGAGUAUAGAUUUCAUAAUUAUACAAAUGACAAUGAUAAAAAUAUUUUAAUAAUCGUUAUUGAUGGUCGUAAUGGACAACAACGUUUACAUAUUCCAUUUGUUCGACAAUUAAUUGAUACAACUGAAUCUUCUUAUAAUACUAAUCAAUGUCGAGAACUAAAAUAUUUUCUUAUGCUUGUUCAUUCAUCAUCUCAAGAUAUAUAUCAUCAAACAUGUUUUUCAUCGAUAUUUUUAUAUGAUUGGCAAUAUUAUUUCUUUGAUACAUGUACACCUGAUAGUGCAUUUCAUCUUCAAAAAAUGUUACGAAUUAUAUCAUCAUCAUCUUAUAAUGAUCAACAAUCAGAAACUGUCGAUAAUGUUCUCUAUGAUUUAAAUAUUCUUUUUGAAGAUUUUUUAUAG